GGCGCAACAGAUUAAAAAACAACAAUAUAACUGUCAUAACUCAGUACUUGUAUUGAUACUCAACAAGUGAAAGGAAUCCAUCCUACUAACCGGCAAGCAUUCAAUAAAAAUAAUAAUAACCCGUUUCUGUCUAAUUACACAAUAAUUUAUCGGAAAUCAGUAAGAAAGUCACAAUGGCAUCCAACGUUUUGGGACGUGUUUUUAUUUACGGAGGCAAAGGAGCUCUUGGAUCUGUAUGUGUCAGUCAAUUUAAGGCCAAAAGAUGGUGGGUCGGAAACAUCGACAUGAAAGAAAAUGAGUCAGCAGACGCGAACAUAGUAGUAAAUAGCAGCCACACUUGGAAGGAGCAAGAGUCAGCAAUAAUUUCCCAGAUGAAAGAAAUCCUCAAGGACGAAAAAUUAGACGGGAUAAUUUGCGUGGCUGGAGGUUGGGCCGGAGGAAACGCGGCCCACAAAGACUUCCUGGAGAAUAGUGAGCUGAUGUGGAAGCAGAGUGUCUGGAGCUCGACGAUUGCUAGCAGCAUAGCUGUCCACUACCUGAAGGAAGGAGGGUUCCUGUCUUUGACUGGCGCCAAGGCUGCUCUAGAAGGGACUCCUGGGAUGAUCGGGUACGGAAUGGCCAAGGCUGCUGUUCACCAGCUCACCAAGUCCUUGGCUGACGAAAACAGCGGUCUACCCAAGGAGGCCAUGGUCGUCUCUAUUUUGCCGGUCACUUUGGACACUCCGAUGAAUCGAAAAUGGAUGGCCAAGGCUGAUUCUACUUCUUGGACACCGUUGGAGUUCGUGUCAGAGAUGUUCUGGAAGUGGGCAAACAAGAUUGAUCGUCCAAAAUCAGGAAGCCUUCUGCAAUUGAUCACCAAGGACAAAAAAACUGAAAUAAUCCCCGCUUAAACUAUUGAGAUUUUUUGCAGUCACCAUGACAACAUUUACUUUUUUCUUCAAGACUAUUGUUAUCAAU